CUGCCGCCGAGGCGCAGGGCCCACCGCCCAGACCCCGACCCCGACCCCGCGGUUCGAGAGGGGCAUUAGCGCUGCGUGGGGAGCAGCACCUCCUACCCGGGGGAGGCUAUGGGCCCCAGAUGCUCUCACCGCCAGGUGACAGAAGGACCCGUCCCCGAAUUCGAGAAGACAUGGGUGGGGAAGAGACCAGAAUGGAGACGUGAACAGGGUCGAAGUCGGAUCGGUACUGGUUGGGAAGGGAGGGCCAGGACAGGGGCAUGAGGACCCUCUCUGGAUACAAGGAAGAAAGAGUCUGUCUGGGACCGGAGGAUUGGAAACCGGGGAAUCCCUACAGAACCUGAGGGAAGAGGAGAAAGGGGCUGUUCCGUAGAGCGGAGGGUCCUUCUCAGGAAGAUGGCCUACUAUGGAAAAUGCAUCGAUGUCGUGAUAGAGCAACUGGACAAGUUUAAGCCUGAGAAGGACAGUCCCGACCAGUUCCUGGAGGCUGCAUCCUCCUCUCUGCAGGCCCUGAGCCCCCUGAAGCAGGCGUUCGUGAUGGAGGUCCUGUCCGGCUGUCUUGAAUACUGGAAGUUGCUGACCAUCGUGGUAGACGCCUUCUACGUACGGGAUGGCCGACUCUGCCUCUGGGCUGACUACAGCCUCUUCCAGGUGCUGUGCUACCUGGCCACGUUCCAGCUGGAUGAGCUCGGCUUCCAGCUCUUCUGCAGCAUCAUCAAGUCCCAGCCCACACGCAAGACCUGCAAGUUCCUCAGGUUCUUUUUCAACCCCUUAAACCUAUGCUCUUGGAUCAAGGACGAAUGGAGCCUCGUCUACGAGACCGCCCAUGUGAAGGAGAACUGGAUCAACCCCCUAAUGAGAUGGCAGCCAGAGAUCCAGGAGCUUCUUGAUCAACUGGAGGGAGUGUCAGCUAGUCAAACUGCUAUCUUCAAGACCAAGGCCAAGGUCACAGAGCCCAAGGCAUUCAACCUGACUACACCCAGGCCCCGGGCCAUUCCGGUACCUGAGCCAGUCCCCACCAUGGCCAAGCCAAGACAAGUCCCUCGGAGUACCUACCAGGAGCCCAAGGAGCAACAGCAGCUGCAGAUCAUCAAGAGGCACAACCGCCUGAAGGCCGAGGAGCUGCUGCUGAGGGCGAACGUGGAGGAACUGCGGUGCGCCAUGCCCAGGGCACAUAGGGCACCGCCUGAGCAGGACUCCAAGAAGAAGCUUGGGUGCCCAACCCACAUCCAAAAAUCCCCAAAGCUGACCUUCUACAGGCCUGACAAUAUCCCUAUCAAGUUGAACACUGCUGCCAUCUUGCGAGAAGGGGCCUUGUACCAGAAGCAGGUGGAAAAAGAGCUGCAGAGGGUUGAUAAGCUUGUGGAUGGAGCUGGGGACUUCUCUGAGUUCCUUGAGUGGCAGAAGAAGAUGCAAGCAAAGGACCAGGAGGAGCAGCUGGCUGCAGGCGAGUGCCGGCGGCUACAGGGGAAGCUCAGCCAUGAGGAGGCCAUCCUGGCCCGGCAGAACCUCAUACAGGAAAACAAGCAGAAGGCAGACCAGAAGAAAGAGGAGACAGCUGAGCUGAUGCUGCAGUGUGCCGAGAGGAGGCUCAGAGAGGCCAAGUCCAUGAAGGAGCUGGUGGAACAAGUGACAGAGGCACAGAAGAAUGUCAAAGUGGCUCAGAUGAAGCUUGUGAAGGGCCGACGGCAGAUAGUUCAGGAGGUAAUGGAGGAGAGCCGGGAGAUGCUGCAGCGAAGUUCAGAGGCAGCCAGGGAGGAGCAGAGGCGUCGCUGUGAACUCAUCUCGCAGCUGCGUGCACUGGAGACACAGCCCACAUGCAAGGGCAAGCUGGUGGACCUGACCCAGAUCCCCGGGUAUGGUGUGGAGGGGGAGAUGUCUGUUGUGGAGCUUCGAGAGCGACUGGCCCUGCUCAGAGACACCCAGAGGCGUGAGGAGGAGGAGAAGCGAGAUCAAAUCAUCCAGGACAAGCGUACCAAGAGCCAGGAGCUACUGAACACAUUGGAGCAGAUCUCACUGUGCCGCAAGGCCAUGGGGAAAACUGCGGCUAUGAGGUGGGAGCAGAAGAAAGCCCAGGCGGUUACGGGCGCGGCCUCCCAAGACGAGCGCGUGCUGGAGCUGCAGCGCAGGAUCCAGGAGAGGGUGGCGGAGCGCCGCCGGCAGGCGGCCUCGCUGCACCUGCCGGCGCCGCGGACUGAGCGCCGCCAGUCACGGGUGAGCUUUCGGGGAGCCAAGGUGAGCUCCAGCUUGGUCUCGGCCGCCGCCCUGGCGUGCCCUGCUCAUGCCAACACAGCCCCCCGCCCGCAGGCGCAGCUGGAAGCGCAGCACUGGCUGCAGCUGGAGAGGAGCCGCGAGCGUAGGCUGCGGGCCCUGCAACGCCGGGAUUCGGCGAUCGCACCGGCGCGCCGCCUGGAGGCUGCCUGAGCCGCGCGCCCUGCGCCUGGGCCGCUAUACCCCCCCCCCCCCUCGCCGCCGCGUGCUGCCCGCGACCGCGCCCAGCCCUGUGUUCCCCAGCCCGCAUCUGCGCGAGCGGUGCUUUGAUAGAAAAGGCAGGCCGCUCAGUCACUAUGUGAAAGAAAACCAGUAUCCGUUCUUUAUUUGGAAUUCAAAUUUAACUUCCCACCUGCAUUUUAAUAUGCUGAAUUGGACCUCGGGCCCAGACCCUAGCCCUUCCUCAGGGCCCAGCAAGUCAUCAUUCCCAAGGACCCCUUUAUCCCGCUCCCAGCUCCAGAACAUCAUCAGCACUGGAGUCCCCACCCGCUAUCCAGACCCAGUGGCUUCACUUGAGAACCUAAGAUCCUGUGUGCAGUUGUGCUGUGGUACCAUUCUGGCCCUUCCCAUGCCUUAUCAUGUAAUCUGCGAUUUUGGACACAUAGAAACUCUGGCCCAUUCUCAUUUCAUUGAUGAGACCAUUGGUGCUCAGAGAGGUGACCUGUCCAGAGAGCCAGACACAGAGCUAAGCAUGGGUGACUUUACAGAGUACUGAAGGAGCCCGGAAUCAACAAGGUUGGGACCACUGGAAAACAGGUGGUCCAGUGCAGGGACCAAGACUGAUUUGUUGGCUGGAGAAGGGGUGACCUUGAGAACAGGCCUGUGGAGUAAGAGCCUCCUGGCCCUCUAGAACAGAGCACAUCAUGCUGCUGCUCACUAAAAGGAUAGAAUGUAGACAGUCCCUGCGGUGGGGUGCAGUAAGGGAGGGGCUAGAAACUCUCAGAUGGAUAAAUAUUCAGGAGAGGGACAUACUUCCCCUUCUCCUUUGACCUGCAGAACUGGUACCUCAGCAGUGGAGGCUGGGCCUCUGAGCACUUUCAGAUCAGGAAAGCACACAUGAGCAGUGACAAGAACAGAUUUAAGGGUCAGAGUCCUACUGCAAUAUUCUGAAUUGUAUUAGAACUCCAGAACUUUCCCACAACCCAGGUUGGUAAAGAGAAAUUCCCAUCUCCCUGUUGAAUCAGAGCUGAGAAUAGAUUAAAUUUCAUUUAAUGAAAAAAAAUCUCUUUAUAUCCUGUGUUGUGCUAUUCAAAUCCAUUUCAUUUGAUAUUGAGGGAAUACCCUGAUAAUUAGUCCAGACAGACUUUCAGGAGCUCUGAAGGAUUCAAAAGGAUUUAUCAGCUCCCCUAAGUGGCAAGCCAAAGGCAGAUGGACUUCAGGACACGCCUGAUGCAGGAGUUCUAUCUCCAAGCUGGUAGCAGUUUGUUUCAGGAAUGUUGAAUAUGUCUCCAGGCUUGAAGGAGUUCCUGUUAAGCCAGCCUUCUGCAAUGGGGGCAAGUCUGUAUGGUUGCCCGCAGCAAGGCUGUGGCAAGGGAGGAAACUGUCCUUCACCUUCACCUAUUAGGCUUGCCUCUGGGCAGAGCAGAGAUAUGGCAGACCAACACUGUGGAUGCUCUUGGCAACAAUGUUGAUUGGCAGUCAGCAAGGUCCCCAACAUAAAUUGAUGCUCUUGGCAACAAUGUUGAUUGGGAGUCAACUAGGUCCCCUCUCCAGUCCUGUUCUAAGAGCUAGCUUGUGGGAAACUGCUCCAUCUACAUGAGUGGGUGUAGGCCUAGGGUCAUUCCCUAAAACUGUGGCAGAAUGUCUAUCUGUAUCCAUAACUCCUUGCCUUGUGACUUUACCAUUCCCAUCAAGAGGUGAAGUCUAUAUUUCUCAAUCUCUGAACCUAGUUUGGAUUGGAGACUCACUUGGACCAAAAGAAUGCAGCAUAAGUAGCCUUGUGCCAGCUCAGAGCCUGGAACUAAAAUGGUCUUGGAGGUUCCACUUGUUCACUUAGAAGCCUACCAGGCCCCAGUGACCCUGGGUGGCCUUUUGGGAUAAGACAGCUGAAACUUGUGAAGGAGAGCCAGUUGUCCUGAGUCCAUUCUAGAUCAUUCUGCAAGUAGCAGACACUCCCACCCCAUCUCCCACAUGUGAGGGCGGCCAGGACCAGAAUUCUACACUCCCAACUGAGCAACAAUAAACACCUGUUGUUUAAAA